AUGCCUGUGGAAUCUCCUCUGAAUAACCUCCUUGCUGCUUUAUGUGGUGCACACCGUCCGGUGACCAGGCUGAAAAGCAUCAAGACGCCACGUACAAUGUCGGGCAAAUUACUGAACGAAAAGAAGAAAAAGCUGCAGGCGUUCAAGAACACGACCAACGCCAAUGAUUCGGUGGCCAAGAUGUACCUGGAAAAGUUCAGCUGGGAUUUGAUGCGAGCGGUCGACGAGUUCUACGCCAAUGGAGGCGAGAGUCUCAAGCCAGUUCGAAAGUCGACGGUUUCCAUGGAAGCGGUGAAUGCGUGGUUCGAUCGCUACGUUGACCCUGACGAAGAUGAGGAUGUCAUCAACGAGGAGGGUCUUCUCAAGUUCUGCGAGGACAUCGGCGUGGACCCGCAGGACGUCGUAGUACUGGUGAUUGCAUGGAAGAUGCAGGCGGCUUACAUGUGCGCGUUCACACGCCGAGAGUGGCAGAAGGGUAUGCGAGAGAUGGACUGUGACUCGGUCGCUAAGCUCAAAGCCAAGCUCCCUGAGCUGCGCAAGGCCAUCGCAAGCGAGUCGGAGUUCAGACAGUUCUACUGUUUUUGCUUCGGUUUCUCCAAGGAGCCCGGGCAGAAGAGCCUCAGCAUUGACAUUGCUGUGGCCAUGUGGGACCUUUUGCUGAGGCCGCGCUUUGAGAAGCUGACAGCGAGUUGGCUGAGCUUUUUGGCGGAGAAGAAACCCGUAAAGGGCGUGACACGCGACACGUGGGAUCUCCUGUUUGACUUUUUUGUGAAAGUGCGCGAGUCGUACGCAAACUACGACGAAAGUGAGGCCUGGCCCGUGCUCAUCGACGACUACAUGGUCUGGAUAGACAGCAAAAAGUGA